UCUCUCCCUCCCUCCUUCCCUCUCAGCCGACGAGGCAGCAAUUACGCUUUGGGGAUAAAACGAGGCGCAGAGAGCGGGCUGGGGCAUUUCUCCCCGAGAUGGCGGGUCUGAGAACUGCAGCCCUGCGGCCCGGAGUCCUCCUGCUCCUGCUGUCCAUCGUCCACCCCUCGCAGCCUGGAGGGGUCCCAGGGGCUGUUCCCGGUGCAGUUCCCGGAGGCGUCUACUACCCAGGGGCUGGUCUCGGAGGUCUGGGAGGAGGAGCUCUGGGGCCAGGAGGCAAACCACCCAAGCCAGGGGCCGGACUCCUGGGGGCGUUUGGACCAGGGCUCGGGGCGUUUCCUGCAGGCACCUACCCAGGGGCUCUGGUGCCCGGCGGAGUGGCAGGUGCUGCCGCGGCCUAUAAAGCAGCUGCCAAGGCUGGCGCUGGGCUUGGCGGCGUCGGUGGCAUCGGCGGGGUCGGCGGCUUAGGAGUGUCUACAGGUGCAGUGGUGCCUCAGCCCGGAGCCGGAGUCGGAGUCGGAGUCGGAGGGAAGCCUGGGAAAGUGCCCGGUGUGGGCCUGCCAGGUGUCUACCCAGGUGGAGUGCUCCCAGGCACAGGAGCUCGGUUCCCGGGUGUGGGGGUGCUCCCCGGGGUUCCCACCGGAACAGGAGUCAAGGCCAAGACCCCAGGCGGAGGCGGAGCUUUUGCUGGAAUCCCAGGAGUUGGACCCUUUGGGGGCCAGCAGCCUGGAGUCCCGCUGGGGUACCCCAUCAAGGCUCCCAAGCUGCCAGGUGGCUACGGACUGCCCUACAGCACUGGGAAACUGCCCUAUGGCUAUGGGCCAGGAGGAGUGGCUGGUGCUGCGGGCAAGGCUGGGUACCCAACAGGGACAGGGGUCGGCCCCCAGGCUGCAGCAGCAGCAGCUAAAGCAGCUAAGUUUGCAGGUGCUGGAGGAGCCGGGGUUCUCCCUGGUGUUGGCGGUGGCGGCAUUCCUGGUGGGGCCGGCGCAAUUCCUGGGAUUGGAGGCAUCGCAGGGGCAGGGACUCCUGCUGCUGCUGCUGCUGCUGCUAAAGCCGCCGCUAAGGCAGCUAAAUUCGGAGCUGCCGGAGGCGUGGUGCCUGGUGGGCCAGGCUUUGUCCCGGGAGUUGGAGUCCCAGGUGUUGGGGUCCCAGGUGUUGGCGUUCCAGGUGUUGGGGUCCCAGGUGUCGGCGUUCCAGGUGUUGGAGUUCCAGGUGUUGGGGUCCCAGGUGUUGGAGUCCCAGGUGUUGGAGUCCCAGGAGCUGUGUCACCAGCUGCAGCCGCUAAAGCAGCCGCCAAAGCAGCCAAAUACGGGGCCAGAGCGGGAGUGGGAGUUGGAGGCAUUCCCACUUUCGGGAUUGGCGCCGGGGGCUUUCCUGGUUACGGUGUCGGAGCUGGAGUGGGCGCUGUCCCUGGAGCUGUCCCUGGAGCUGGCCUUUCCCCAGCCGCUGCCCAGGCAGCAGCCGCAGCUCAGGCAGCAGCAGCCGCCAAGGCAGCCAAGUACGGUGCUGGAGGCGUCGGAGGCUUGGGCGGGCUGGUGCCAGGCAUCGGAGACGGAGUAGCAGGCGUGCCAGGUGUAGGAGGGGUGCCAGGAGUGGGGACCCCGGCCGCCGCAGCCGCCAAAGCCGCUGCCAAAGCCGCCCAGUUUGGUUUAGGCCCUGGAAUUGGCGUGGCUCCCGGCGUGGCUCCCGGCGUGGCUCCCGGCGUGGCCCCUGGCGUGGCUCCCGGCAUUGGCAUUGGCCCUGGUGGUGUUAUAGGAGUGGGGACCCCAGCUGCAGCCAAAGCCGCUGCUAAAGCGGCCGCCAAAGCCCAGUACCGGGCUGCAGCUGGGCUUCCUGCUGGUGUUCCUGGCUUUGGAGUUGGUGCUGGCGUUCCUGGCUUUGGAGUUGGUGCCGGCGUUCCUGGCUUUGGAGCUGGCGUUGGCGUUCCUGGCUUUGGGGCAGUGCCUGGAUCCCUGGCUGCCGCUAAAGCAGCCAAAUAUGGAGCUGCAGGGGUGGGGGCUCUUGGCGGAGUAGGUGUCCCAGGCGGUGUGGUAGGAGCCGGACCUGCUGCCUCAGCUGCUGCUGCCAAAGCUGCUGCCAAAGCUGCCCAGUUUGGCCUCGGGGGAGCCGGAGCCCUGGGAGUUGGGGGGCUCGGAGCUGGCGGAGCCAUCCCAGGGGUUGGGGGCUUUGGAGGUGUGUCCCCAGCUGCAGCUGCUAAAGCGGCCAAAUAUGGAGUUGCGGCAAGACCGGGCUUUGGACUGUCUCCCAUUUACCCAGGUGGGGCCUGCCUGGGGAAAUCCUGUGGCCGGAAGAGAAAGUGAGCUUCCCAGGACCGCUGACUCGCGACCUCAUCAACGUUGGUGCUACUGCUUGGUGGAGAAUGUAAACCCCUUGUGAUCCCUCCCCCACUCCCCUUCCCCAGACCCCACCCCGGGAGGGGACAGGCCAGGCUGGGUGGCCUCGGAAAUCCACAAAGCAAGGACACAAGAGUGGUGGCCAGGUGGGCCCCAGGAAGCCCCUUACUUCAGAGGCCAGGGGCGGGUGGGCUCGGCCCCCUGCCCCCACCCCCUUCCCACCCAGGAGCUCCCCCCUCCAUUCGCUCUCCAUCUCCAGGGGAACUUGGUGCUACAUGCUGGUGCUCUCAUCUUCCUGGGGGGGGAGGGAGGAGGGAAGGGCAGCCCCUCGGGGACCCCCUCCCCGGGGCUCCUCUGAAGAUGGUGCAGACACUUCCUGGGCAGCCCCAUCUCCCCCUGCCCACCAGAACCUCUCCCCCCCACCUCGGCUGCGGUCCAGUUGGUACCCAAGCACCAAAAGCCUCAAGCUGGAUUCGGUCCUACCACCUCUUGGCCCCCUCGUCUCCCACCUAUUCCCCGUGGCUGGGACCCCUUUGGAUGGGAACACCCCGCCCCCGCCCCCUGCCAUCGGGAAUAGCCCUCUUGCUCUUGUGGAAUCCAUCCACCCGUCUGCCCAUCCGUCCAUCCAUCCUUGUCCCCAGUUGACCGCCCCGCACCACUAGCUGGCUGGGCGCCCCCACCGUCAACCUGGUUAACCUGUCCCGGCGGCCUGUGUCCUGCCUCCACCCCUCCACACCCCACCCCACCCCCCUACGAUGGGGCCUGAGCACCCAGGGUGUGAGGAGCUGUGCCAGCUGGGGCAGCAGGAAUCUCCUCCCCAACCUGGGUCCCCCCCAUGCAGUACUGUAACCCCCAGCCCUCCCUCGAGCCACUGUAUUUCAGAGCAUUUCCCGCCCCUGCCCCGCCCAUCUCUUUGUGUCUCGCUGUGAUAGAUCAAUAAAUAUUUUAUUUUUUGUCCUGGA